GUCAAAUGUCAAUGUCAAUGUCAAGCCGUCCGCCGAUCGCCAGGGACUCGCAGAUUUUUGAUUUUUGUGGAUUUAUUCCAUCUGCUAUCUACAAACUGCCCUAUAACUUUAUUUAAAAAAUGGGCUAUAAGUUCUUAAAACUAGCUUCGACUCCAUUUAGGAGUGGCAAUGUAAGAACUGGGAUAAGACAGUAUGCCACCACACAUGACGCAGACCUUGUUGUCAUUGGUUCUGGCCCUGGCGGAUAUGUUGCAGCCAUUAAAGCUGCUCAACUAGGCUUAAAGACCAUUUCAGUAGAAAAAGACCCAACAUUAGGAGGAACAUGCUUAAAUGUUGGCUGCAUCCCAUCCAAGGCAUUACUACACAACUCACAUUUGUAUCACAUGGCUCAACAUGAUUUCAAACACAGAGGAAUUGAUGUGGGAAAUGUGUCACUGAACUUUGAAGCUAUGAUGUCAUAUAAAGUCAAUGCAGUCAAAGCUCUUACUGGAGGCAUUGCUAUGCUGUUUAAUAAAAACAAGGUUAAGCUAUUACGUGGAAUGGGCACUAUCACUGCUCCAAAUAAAGUAGAAGUCAAAGGUGAGGCGGGAGUAGAGACUGUUAACACAAAGAAUAUUUUAAUUGCAACUGGAUCUGAAGUGACACCAUUCCCUGGUGUUACUUUUGAUGAGCAGCAAAUCGUCACAUCAACAGGGGCUCUCUCGCUGCCCAAGGUGCCCAAGAAGAUGUUAGUGAUUGGCGCUGGGGUCAUUGGCCUUGAACUGGGCUCUGUAUACCAGAGGCUCGGUUCUGAUGUCACAGCUAUCGAGUUCCUCGAAUCUAUUGGAGGUGUCGGAAUCGAUGGCGAGGUUUCAAAAACCCUUCAAAAAAUUAUGACAAAACAGGGAAUGAAGUUCAAACUGGGCACCAAAGUGACAGCCGUGAAGAAAGAGGGUGGUGUUGUCAAAGUCAGCGUAGAAGCUGCCAAGGGUGGAAAUGCUGAAACUUUGGAAUGCGACGUAGUGCUAAUCUCCAUCGGCAGGCGGCCCUUCACCGCUGGGCUGGGGUUGGACAAAGUGGGCAUCGCGCUCGACGAUAGAGGCCGCGUGCCGGUUAACAACAAGUUCCAGACUACCAUUCCCGGAAUAUACGCGAUCGGUGACGUCAUCCACGGCCCCAUGCUGGCCCACAAAGCGGAAGACGAAGGUAUCGUGUGUGUUGAGGGUAUCAAGGGUAUGCCGGUACACUUCAACUACGACGCCAUUCCAUCGGUCAUCUACACCAGCCCUGAGGUCGGCUGGGUCGGCAAAUCGGAGGAGGAUCUCAAAAAAGAGGGGCGAGCGUAUAAAGUGGGCAAGUUCCCGUUUCUGGCAAACUCGCGGGCGAAGACCAACGGCGAGCCCGACGGCUUCGUCAAGGUGCUCGCCGACAAGGCCACCGACGUUAUCCUCGGCACGCACAUCAUUGGCCCGGGCGGCGGCGAGUUGAUCAAUGAAGCCGUGCUGGCGCAGGAGUACGGCGCGUCCGCCGAGGACGUCGCCAGAGUGUGCCACGCACAUCCCACAUGCUCAGAGGCGUUAAGAGAAGCCAACAUGGCCGCCUACAUCGGGAAGCCAAUCAACUUCUAAACCUAGAAUUUAUUAUAGUUAAUUUAUGAUUGUACAAAUAAUGUAUGCAUCUCUCAAUAUCACUCACAUAGUCACUCCUAAGGAUCUUGUAUGAAUCUAUUGUGAACGAUUGGUAAUAUUCAUAAAGUAACUCAAUAAUGUGUUCCUUCAUAUCAGAGUAUUUUAGUAACACUAUUUCAUAAUGUUAUGUCACCGAAUAUUAUUUUAUAAUUUCUUUUGACCUGUUAAUACUUAUUAUUUCAAAUUUUUCAUUCCAAGUGUCUCCAGUCAAAUGAAAAACUUUGUCGUGCAUUUACUUGAUGUAAAUGUUGUGAAUAUUUGUGUAUUUAUUUUUUUGUAAAUAGUUUUACAAAAUACAUACUGCUAUGUUAUGUU